UUAUUAUAAUUGAUCUGGUUCACCGACAAUGAAUGAAAGAAACAAACUGAGUUACAAGUAAUUUUUCCCUUCACAAAUUAGGUCUGAUGUCACAUGGAAGAAUAAUGAAAAUGUCCCACAGUAGAUCACCUUCUGAUCCAGGACCACCUAAAAUGUUACCAGGAAUGGAAGUUCCUAUGGCAUCAUAUAAUGAUUCAGAGAAACAGUUUCUGAUUUGGUUACACUCAGUCAGUGUGAAGUUUCUGGGAUUAACUGACACAAAGAGGAUAUGCUUCCUGGAUUCAAUAAUCAGUCUUUGUGGAUCAAAGGAGUUAACUUACUUGACAGAGUUACUGCCAAAUUUAGUGUAUCGUGACUUCCUACGAAUGCUACCAACAGAAGUGAGCGUGCGGAUCUUGAUGAUGUUAGAUGAGAAGAGCUUGUUGAAUUGUUGUCUUGUGUCAAAAUACUGGAAUCAUCUGAUAAACAGUUUUAGGGAGGUUUGGAUUCACAUGGCUAAGAGAGUUGGUGCCAAAAUACUCGCUGAGCCUUAUGUCCCAAUACACAAAUACAAAAAUCUGUUCAUACAUUCCACUUAUCUUGUACAGCAGAUGAAAAAUAGGUCAGCUUUUGAGGUCAUGACCUUGGAAGGUCACAUGGGUAGGGUCAUGGCACUAACACAAGGCCGUGACCUAGUUGCUACAGGUUCUGAUGACCACACAGUGAGAUUCUGGGAUAUUCACUCAGGAGAAUGUGUCAAGGUCAUACACACACAUAGUGUUUCAGCACUACAGUUUGAUGACAUAUUUGUAUACACAGCAUCUUAUGAUAACACUGCUGUAUGCUGGGAUAUUGACACAGGUCAGCUAAUGUGGCGUUAUGUCGGGCAUAUCUCGGCAGUUUUUAGUCUGGAUGCAAGAAGAGACUUGAACUUGUUGGUUACCGGCUCGGCUGACAAGACUGUUAAAGUGUGGCAACUUGACUCAGGGAUUUUAUUGAACUCAUUAUCAGACUGGCAUAAUGAUUGGAUUACUCAUGUAAAAAUUCUGUCCUGCUCCCCACGUCAAGAUGGUGCGGAAAUAGAUAUAUUACAAGGACGGACUUUACAGCUGGUGUCAGUUGACAGACAGGGCUGUUGUUUUUGGACGAUAUCAAAUAACGAGAAUAUAGACGUUAGUGUAACACACACAGCUGAUUGGUGUAUUAAUGUGCCUUCAGACAGACAAAACUCUGGAAUAAGUGUUUGUACCUGGAACAAGAAGGACAGAUGUCAGUCUAUAUCUAUAUAUAAAACAGAAACUAUAGAUAAUAAGUGUGUACCACGACACAUAAAGUCACUGAGUUUGCCGACCGACUUGCCAUCAAAACAGACUGUGUUAGGGAUUGGACAGAAGUUUGCAGUAUUCAUGGUAGAUGAAGGUUACAGUCGAGUGGUGAUUGUAGAUACACAUUCGUGUAGAAUAAUGUGUUCAAUCCCAGUACCACCAUAUAGGCCCACCCAGAAUGGUUCAUCAGCAACAUUAGGCAAUCAAGAUUGGCUUGAUGGGUUUACAGAAGGCAACAGAACUGGACUGUUCCUAGCACUUUGUCUCAAAGAUAACAAUAUCAUGCUUCUAAAGUGGAAAGACCACCUGACAUGAAGAGAGUGGUGGUCAUUUUGUGUAGAAAGUGAUUUAUAACUUUAUUUACAGAUGCUGCAAUAUACUUUUCUCCAGUGAAAAGUCUUCCUUGAAAAAUUUGAGGUCCUACAUUUAUAGGUCAUCCUUGAAAAUUAGAAAAGAAGCUACUAUUGAGUUUUAUAUACUGUGCAUCUUCCUUUGUUUCCAAUUAAAAACAUACAAAACCAAAAAAAAAUGAUAUUUUUUAAGAUUAGAGGAAGGAAAUUUAAGACAUGGUCUUAGAAUAAUUAAAAACGUGAUCUUAUUUUAGCUGAACAUAGAACAGAGUUCACUUAGUAUUGGAAAAUUAUUUUAAAUUUGCAAUAUAUUAUUCUAAAAUAUUUUAGUAAGUUAUUGUAUCUGAACAGAUUUAAAUUUAAGAGUAAUUUUUAGAAGCAUGGUUACUUCUACAUUUGUGAAGGUAUAGGGGAGCUGUGUUUGUUUGAUAUUUUUUCUGCAAGGGCACAGUGUUCAUAUUGAAUAUAUAUUUUCAAUAAGAGCAAUUAUUAUGGUAGAUUUAUAGUAUUUUAUCAUUAAAGAUCCUGUAUGUUGUGAUCAAAAAAGUGGUAAACCACACUAAGUAUGUAUGUAUAAUUGUAUGUAUUCUAGGCUUAAUGAGGGUCCAUCCGCCCUUUCAGGCACUGAGAGUACGGACCCCGGACAUGUCACCAUUCAUGUCCUUAAAUGUUACUAUCAACCAAAAGGUGACCUAUAAAUUUUGAAUUCAGUAAUUCACUGAAUGAUACUAAAUAUGUAUGCAAGUCGAUUUUUGUGAUCAUACAAAUUUGAUGCACGGGAGGCCAAUGACACCAUUAUAUGCAUCAUGGAGAAAAAUAAAAAUGAGCUUGACUGACCGAUAAG